GCAACGCAUUUUUGCAUUCUUUACCUUCAUCAUGACGUCUGGCAGGACUAAACGUGAGAUCCUACAACUUAUUGUCAUAGGAUGUUUUGCUGGUUUUCCUAAUUUUGUUUAUUCGUCAUAUAACAUUGCACAAGGAAAGCGAGCGUCACAGAGUUCUGUCUACGGCGUGUGGGGAGCUGACAAAGCAGUAGAUGGUGUGAUAGGAAAAGAUGUUGGAGGAUGAAGUUGUAGUAGCACGAACCCAACAGGAUCAUCGACGGCAUGGUGGAUUGUUGACCUUCAACAAAUGUCGAGGAUAAAAACUAUAAAUAUCACGUACAGACAGGAUUAUCCCUUUCGCCUUUCUGGAUUUUAUCUUUAUGUUUCCAACAUGACCGUUUUGGACAGUCUUCGAAGUACAUGGCAUCUAUGUUUUCAUGACGACACAAAGGAUCCAGAACUUCCAUCAUUCAACCAAUCUCGUUGUUGUCCUGUUGACGGACGAUAUGUCAUAUUCUACAACAUGCGUCCCGCUGAUAAUGGGCCUAAGUCUUAUCGAUACUACUCGACAACAAACGCUGUGUUGGAAUUAUGUGAGGUGCAGGUUUUUGGAUGUCCGGUAAAUCGUUUUGGAUCUACCUGUUCGGGAAUAUGUCACUGUGGUGUGGGUGGAUGUGAUCCUGAUACCGGACUAUGUGACGUCACUGGAUGUCAGAGUGGAUGGAUGGGACCACACUGCUCUGAAGAAUGUGGAAGUGGCAAAUUUGGCAUGAACUGUAACCACACGUGUCAUUGUUCACAACCCGGAUGUGAUAGAGAAAAUGGUAGCUGCGCCGUGCCAGGAUGUGAAGCAGGAUGGCAAGGGAGAGCUUAUGAUACGAAGUGUGGAGCCGGCAACUUUGGCGAGAACUGUUUACAGACAUGUCACUGUGCUUUACCGGGAUGUGACCAAUUUAACGGGAGCUGUACACAGCCAGGAUGUGAACCUGGAUGGACAGGAAUGGCUUGUGAUAAGGUCUGUCUCACCGGAUACUUUGGUGUGGACUGUAAAGAGAUAUGUCACUGUGAGAUUCCUGGAUGUAACAGAACGAAUUGAGUGUGUAUCAGGUCUGGUUGUGAGGCAGGAUGGGAAGGACUGUCGUGCG